GAAGAGGGCAUGGUUAGGGUGAGAACAUUUAAAGAUGGAAAGCUCAGUGUCUCAGGAGAUGGACUUCUUGAACAUGAUGAUAAAGGCAUUCCAAUAUCCGGAGAUGUUCGAAACCACUGGGCAGGCUACUCUCUCUUGCAGGCCUUGUUUGUGAAGGAGCAUAAUGCCAUAUGUGCUAUGCUGAAAGAACAGUACCCUGAAUUUGAUGAUGAAAAGCUGUACCGACAUGCAAGAUUGAUAACCUCAGCAGUCAUUGCUAAAAUCCACACGAUUGAUUUUUCAAUUGAAAUUGUUAAGACUGAUACUGUCAAAGCAGGAACGAGGGUCAACUGGUAUGGCUUUUUGGGGAAGAAAAUAAAGGAUAAGUUAGGACCCAAGUUUGGACCGAUACUGAGUGGAUUAGUUGGUCUUAAAAGGCCUAGAGAUCACGGUACACCCUACUCGUUGACUGAAGAGUUUGUUAGCGUCUACAGAAUUCACUCACUUUUACCUGAGACAAAUGUUCUGAGGGACUUGAAGUCGACUAUUUCAGAAGAAAAAUCCUUGCCUAUUCAAGAAGAGAUUCCUAUGAGGGAAAUGAUCGGGAAAGAAGGAGAAAAGAACUUGUCCAAAAUCGGUAUGGAGCAGAUGCUGGUCUCGAUGGGUCAUCAGUCAAGCGGAGCUGCUACAUUGUGGAAUUAUCCAUCGUGGAUGAGGAACCUUGUUCCUCAUGAUAUCGAUGGAGAUGAUAGGCCUGAUUUAGUUGACAUGGCCGCCUUGGACAUUUAUAGAGACCGAGAGAGAGGAAUUCCACGGUACAAUGAGUUCAGAAGGAAUUUGCUGAUGGUACCAAUU